GGGGCGGGGAGAGUGAGGCAGGCAGGGAGAGGCUGGGGCCGGGAAGCGCCGAGUGGGGCCGGGGCCCAUGAGGAGUCCCGGGGACCAUGGGCUCCAGGAUCAGGCAAAAUCCAGAGACUACAUUUGAAGUGUAUGUUGAAGUGACCUCACCUGGGACUAGAGGCCCUCUUUCAGGUCCUGAGGUGCAGAGGCAAUUCCCAGAGGACUACAGUGACCAGGAAGUUCUACAGACUUUGACCAAGUUUUGUUUCCCCUUCUGUGUGGACAGCCUUACAGUGAGCCAAGUUGGCCAGAAUUUCACAUUUGUGCUUACUGACAUUGACAGCAAACAGAGGUUUGGCUUCUGCCGCUUAUCUUCAGGAGCUAAGAGCUGCUACUGCAUCUUAAGCUAUCUUCCCUGGUUUGAAGUUUUCUAUAAACUACUCAACAUCUUGGCGGAUUAUACAGCAAAAGGACAGGAGAGUCAAAGGAAUGAGCUGCUUGAAACACUUUACAAACUCCCUAUCCCUGAUCCAGGAAUGUCUGUUCAUCUUAGUGUGCACUCUUACUUUACUGUGCCUGACACAAGAGAACUUCCCAGCAUACCUGAAAAUAGAAAUCUGACUGAAUAUUUUGUGGCUGUGGAUGUCAACAACAUGCUACACCUCUAUGCCAGUAUGUUAUAUGAACGGCGAAUCCUCAUCAGCAGCAGCAAGCUGAGCACUUUAACUGCCUGUAUCCAUGGGUCUGCUGCUAUGCUCUACCCGAUGUUCUGGCAACAUGUUUACAUCCCAGUUUUGCCCCCACAUCUGUUAGACUACUGCUGUGCUCCCAUGCCCUACCUCAUAGGAAUACAUUUAAGUCUAAUGGAGAAAGUCAGGACUAUGGCUUUGGAAGAUGUUGUGAUUCUGAACGUGGAUACCAACACUCUGGAAACUCCUUUUGAUGAUCUUCAAAGUCUCCCGAAUGAUGUGGUUUCUUCAUUGAAGAACAGGUUAAAGAAGGUCUCUACCACAACUGGGGAUGGUGUCGCUAGAGCCUUUCUAAAGGCACAGGCUGCUUUUUUUGGAAGUUACAGGAAUGCAUUGAAAAUUGAACCUGAGGAACCAAUAACAUUUUCUGAAGAAACCUUUGUAUCUCAUCGUUCCAGUGCCAUGAGGCAAUUCCUCCAGAAUGCCAUACAGCUUCAAUUGUUUAAACAGUUUAUUGAUGGCCGCUUAGAUCUUCUUAACUCUGGAGAAGGCUUCAGUGAUGUCUUUGAAGAAGAGAUAAAUAUGGGAGAGUAUGCUGGGAGUGAUAAACUGUAUCACCAGUGGCUCUCUACCGUGAGGAAAGGAAGUGGAGCAAUUUUGAAUACUGUCAAAACCAAGGCUAAUCCUGCUAUGAAGACUGUCUAUAAGUUUGCAAAAGAUCAUGCAAAACUGGGAAUAAAAGAGGUGAAAAACCGCUUGAAGCAAAAGGAUAUUGCUGAAAAUGGUUGUAGCCCAGCCACAGAAGAUCCCUUGCCAAAAGCUGCUCCUUCACCACUGACUGAAACAAAGGAUUCUAAACUCCGAGAAGACAGGAGGCCCAUUACCGUGCACUUUGGGCAGCUUCAAAGACCUUGUCCUCCUCGGCCUCCUCCUCCCAAGAUCCAGCGCUGGGCGCAGCCCGUCCGCCCGCCACGACCUCAAGUUGUCAAGCGACCAAAGAGUAACGUCACCAUGGAAGGUCGAAGAACUUCAGUGUCAAGCCCUGACCACCUGGUAAAGCCCUUGAGACACUAUACAGUCUUUCUCUCUGAAGACUCCUCUGACGAUGAUCAGCGGGAAGAGGACCCUUUCUCUGGCUAUUCUGACAACUUCUUCUUCUGUACUCCCUUUGAAUGGCCUCUGCCAUACCGGGUCCUGAGAGAGUCAGACAGUGCAGAUGGAGAAGAGGCCGGGAGCCCAGAGAAGCGGGCAAAAGAAGCUCUGGGGGGUCCCCCACCGGGGCCACCUGACAGAAUUGCAGAUAUCAACCUGCUGGAGGACAUCUUCAGCACUUUGGAGGUAGAGCAGCUGCCUCCGCCCCUGAGCCAAGCAAAGAGCUUAGAAGACCUCAGGCUGCCCAAGGAACAGCACGACCAGCCUUGCACCUUUGAUUACCAGAGAAUGGACCUGUGCUCAAGUGAAAGAAGCAGAAUAAUGUCUGGGUUGAAGCUCACGCAUCCUUACAACAAAUUGUGGAGCAUGGGCCAGGACGACAUGGCCAUUCCUACCAAGCACUCUCAACCUUCCCCAGAAAGGCCCCUGGCUUCCCUGGGGAGCACCCCCUCUCUGCCGCGCAGACCCCGGAGCCGGGAGGGCAUCUUGACCCCUGGAGAGAGAGAGGAGACCCCCACUUCUGCGCAGGGCAACAUCACCAUCCCCAGGCCUCAAGGAAGGAAGACCCCCGAGCUGGGCAUCGUACCCCCGCCUCCCACAGCCCGGCCUGCCAAGCUCCAGCCCUUUGUUACCCCUGAGCCUGGGAAGACCCCCGGCCUUGGGCCCUCUGACGUCCCUUCUGAGCUGCUCCCGGAGGUGGUGGGGAGUUCGGCCCUCUCUAGGGAUCUGGAAUGUCGACCGCCUCCCACUUAUCUGCCGCCCCCACCGAGGCUUCUCCCUACCCCCGGCAGUGCCACUGACAUCCUCAAGCCGGUCCGUGUGGUCACGGACCCCGCAGGCUGUGAGAGCGAUUACCUGCUGGCUCUCCUGGACCCUCUGAAGACCAGCUGGCCGGACAGGGCUUCCUCCGGCCCUGGGGCUCCCGGUACAAGUGGCUUUCCCUGUGGCGUGGGAGACUUCAGCCCUGCUUCCACCCCAUUUGGGCCCAAACUGGGCUUCCCUUCAGCUUCGGCACCCGCCCCAUUCCUCCAGCCAUCGCUCAACCCCUUCACCCAACAUGUGCCAACGGCUCUGCCAGUCUCUAUGACCCAGUGUGUCGGGGGGCCUUUUGCCCCCUCUCCAGCUUCCCUGGGCCAGGCUUUCGCUCCGAGCUUUAUGGCUUCCAGCCCCGGCUUUUACGCCUCCCAGAGACCGCAGCCCGGCCUCUCCGCUCUCUCCAUGCCCAAUCUGUUCGGCCAAGCCCCCCCAGGGCCACACGUCAGCUCCUGCCCACUACCAGGCCACGGCCCCGUCCCGGGGGGCCCAAGCCAAGCCAGCCACCUGGGGGGCCCCUCCAAAAUCCGAACGUUGCCCCUGGUGCGGUCCGGCUCGAGGCCAGCCGAGGCCAAGCAGGGGUUGGCCUUGAGACCCGGAGACCCGGCGGUGGUGCCCGCCAGGCCUUUCCACAGCCUGGAGCCAGUUCUGCAGUCUUCGGGCCCCAGAGAAACCAGGGAUCCGUUUGAGGAUUUGUUACAGAAGACUAAGCAGGAGAUCGCACCCACUCAAGGAAAAGUGGAGCAGCUUCGGAAGCGCUGGGAGACUUUUGAGUGAGAUCCAAAGAAGAAUUUGCAGUUGGUAGACGGGGCGUGUAUUUUUGGAAGGUGUUUGGGGUUUGUCUGAAUGAAGGAUUAACUGGCUAUUGUAAAAAAAAUAAUGAUAAUAUCCUCCACUCCCUCCUCCCCGUCUCCUCUUCCCCCGCGAUGACUUCCAAGCAGUUUCUGCUGAUGGAAUUGAAUUUUCACUUAAUGAAACCCUACUUUGUCCAGUUCUUCCUGAGAUUAUUUUCACUGCCAUCAGAAGUCAGACGUGGCCUGCAGUUGGGCCCUAUCCCUCCCACGGGUUUCUGUACUGACCCCUGAUAAUUAGUUCCUCCCUUCUGAUACCCCCGGCUGCAGAGCUGCUCUCCUGGCCCAUUAUCUGGCCGGGUCCCCUGCACCCAACCCUUGUGCACAUAUAGGGAGGGCAGUGCUACCCACGGCCUUACUCACGACAGUUAAACCCAGGCUGGGUGUCAGAGGAGGCUCUCCCCGGCUCUCCCUUCUCCACUUCCUUGUCUCGAGAUUUAAGUUCUCUUGUUCUUAGACAAUCUUCAUCUUAGACGCUCUUCAAAACCUGCCUAGAAGUAGAGACCCAACCUUCCCAGCCACAUUCACUUUCAUAGGGAAGGUUGGAUUUUGCUUGUUUUUUGUCAUUCACAUGCUAGGGAUCAUCGAUCCUUGAAAUUCCUAUUUCAGGAAAACAUAGCACAGAGCCAGCCCUGGACACCAGCAACUUUAAUUUUAAGAAGAUUUUUAAAAAAGACAUCGGAAGGAGUCAUUAAGAGGAGCCCUUAUAUUAUACCCUUGCUCUUAUAGCUCUAUGUUAAUAUGAUAUAUAAGUGUCCUAAGUGGCCGUAAUUGAACUGGAUGUCAUAGUAGCUUAUUUUAUUAUCAAAGUCGGGGCCCAAACAUCUCUAGCCUAUCUAUCCCAGGAGGUGGCCCUGUUCAAUCCAAGUGGAAAAAGACUGGAAAUUAAAAGUCAGACUGAGUUUUGUCGCAUGAAAACAUCCAACUCCACAACAUAGCCUUUGGGUUAAUGCUGCUGAUUUUCCCUUAGUGGGAUGGCAUUAGGACCCACUUGAGGGCUUCCUUUCACACAUAACCUCUGCUUUCAGGGAGAGAGGGUUGGGAGAAGGAGGAGACUUAGAGGGGAGAGAGGAGGAAAUCACUUUUGCCUGAAUUAGAUGCUUUGACUACUUUCUUGAUGACAGAGGGGGAACUUAUCUAUUCCUCCCUCCCCUACAGCUAGAAGUGGAGGAAGUCAAAGGCUGGCUCUUAGAAGAGCCUCAAAUCUCUCCAGAAGCAGAGCCAGUAUUCACUUUUCCACACCUGAGUUAAGCUGAAAAUAAUAGUUUUGCUAUUUUUAAUCUGCAAUUUCCCUCCUUUACUUUAUCCUAAUCAUUAUGUCUUGGAUGGGGGCAAGCCUUGAUGAUUAAACUGAGACUUGUUCAGGCUGUCUAGGGUUAAAAAAAGUAAACCUUUGAGGACAAAGGAAAUAGUUCACAUUUCAACCUGGUCUUUCAUUUCCUGAUUUUGGGUGAGCCGGCUCAUCCCCGCAGCCCACUGCUGUAGCAGCCAUGCGCCCUGGAUUCUGAGCCUCCCCUUCUGCCCCCGAGUAAUCCUCCCCAUAAUCAUGAAGACGUCCCCAGCUCAGGGAGAGCCCCGUGGGCCUCAGUGACAUUCUGGCUUCUGGGAUGCACGCUGCUUUGCCAAACCAGACGGCCCCUUCGGAUUCAGGGACAAGGAGGAGUCCCAGAGCUUUGCAAAGCGCGCGAUUCAGAAAGGGACGUCGCCUCAACAUCCGGAUGAAGAGCUGGAAUCUGAAUUUGUUCCUUAAGCUGGGCCAGACGGGACUGCUCAGCCCAACACUGGACCGAUCUCGUUGGCCCCCAAAGCAUUGCAUGCUUCGAGUUCCGUGGUUUCCUUUCCCUUGUGGCGCCUGGGCCAUGCCCCCGCCCCAUCCUGAAAGGCGUCUUCCCCUUCUGUGUCUCGCGCUGGGGGCCCCUCAGACGGAGGCUGGGCCAGAAGGGCUCGCACGGGCCCCCACUGAAGAAGCCGAGGCCCUUCUGCUGGCGCCGGGGCCACCUGGGGGGCCGGGGCCAGAAACGGGGUGGAAGUAGUAGUCAUGUGUUGUCCACACACGAGCACUGUAUGUACCUUUCUUCACGGAUUGGAUUGAAUUUGCAAACCUGGGAAUUAAUUUUCUGUGACAGCUCAAUAAAAUCCUCUCGGGCAGACACCUUUUGUUUA